AUGUUGCCACAAGAGUAUGCCGAGAAGUUCACCACAGCGGGAGUGAACGAAGUGCCGGAGGCCACCUUGGCGAGCGAUGACCCGCUUACACCCCCUCCGCCCAGAGCGGAAGCCCGCCAAACCCUGGAAGAGAUGUCCAUUCUCGAGAUCUUCAUCUACGAGGCCUCCGCCUACAUGGGCUCAGACUUCAUGGCCGCCACAUCCCGUACCACGAACCCAAACUGUGCAAACCGAAACCCGAGGCUUAGGAGCCGCAAAAGUCCAAAGCAGUGGAGAAGGUGCGAGCGCAGCGCCAAGCCCGAGGACGAGUGGGCUCUGCUCAAAGGACAGGGGUCGGCGGCGCAAAGAAGCGGGCGCAACCGGUCAGGCAAAAGCCGGCUAAGGGGAAGGCCGCAGCGGCAGAGCCCUCGCCGGAAGAAGAAGAGAUGGAGAGGGGGCUGGGCUACCUGGCGCUUGGGCCGCCGGCGGACGCAGAGGCCCUCUGAUCAAACGAUGGAGGCUGCGGACAUGCUGGCGGGAGGGCCACCACCGCCGGCGGAAGGAGAAGCGGGGCAAGAUGAAGAAAUGGGCGCCGCGGAUCAGCCGGCAGGGGGGGAAGCGUCGGGAGGAGAUCCAGGAGAAGAACCCCCUGAUCCAGAAAAGAAGGGGUCCCCGCCAGAAGACGAGGCGACGCCCAUGGAGGAAGAAGAGACAGAAGAAGAAAAAGAAGAAGAGAAAAGGGAGGAAGAGCUGGCCCAGGAGCCGGAGCGGGCAGAAGCGGAGGAGCAAGGGGAGCCGGAGCCAGUGCCGGCAGAGCAGAGCGGGGGCGGUGAAGGAACGCGGGCGCAUGGAAAUGGAGAACCACCUGACCAUCCUGGAGAGAGGAUUUCUGCGCAACCCGGAGGACCUGUUCGCCCCAAUGCUCAAAACCCGAGCUGGAGAACCUCCCGCGCCGACCGCAAGAAGGACCCGCAGUGGAACGAGCUCAAGGACAACGAGCUCCACGGGUACCUCAACUACUGGGCUCACGCGGUUUUGGAGUAG